UCGCUAAUUUACACUCGCGCUGUCACGUAAUUCUUAUCGGAAUAACACAGUAAUUAAUGCAGGCUAUCGCAAUCUGACUGAAUUAGGCGAACGUGCUGAAAAUAAAUAUAAACAAUGUUUCGAAUAUCCCGUUAUCUAAGUGAAAAUGCACUUUUCACACACACGCCGAGCAAACACUGACUGCUAAGACUUAUCCCUGCCGCCCCUCGCCGAACUGGCCCACUAACUUGUAACUUAACAAUUGGAAGUAGAAUUUAUUGUCGGGGGACCUGCCUAGAAAAUUGCGCAGUUGCGCCCUAGUACAUACUUAUAUAAUACAGUAAUCAUUUAUGGCUGAAAGUGGAAGUACGAAAUAGACGAGCCGUAGUUCUUUCAGAUGAAACAGAACGUGCGUGGUUAAAAAGCCUCAGCUUUUGAAAUAAGUAAUUUAAAACCGCUGAAAGUUGACGGAGACGAAGAAGUUAACCCAAAAUAACCAAAAUAUGAGAAAAUAAAUCACAGCUUCUCUAUCACAAACCACACACAUGGUUUGUUUAAAGUUCUCUGGUCUCCACAAUGUUGUUGUUGUUUUUGUUGUUCCUGAAACGGGUACCUAAUCUCCGUUAUGAUGUCGGUGACGUCAUUCAACGGCCCAAGAACAUGCUGUUUCGACGGGGCGGACCAAAGGUAAAGAGGUGUCAGAUGAGCAGGGUUUGUGAAGCAUGCAAGGAGGUGGCCAGCGUUAUGCGUAUACUCAUUGCACACAGGACACAUAUUAGAUAUGUCGGAGUUUAACCCGCUACAUUAUCCAGAACGAAGCUGGCAAAUUCCCAACCAGCCGGUUCUACGCACCAAAAUUGACCAGGACUUCUUUUGGCCAAGGGCUGUUAUUUCCGAGAUCUAACCCCAUUUAGAUCGGUAAGUCUUAGCUUAAGCUUAUCUUAGCCUACACUCUGAUCCCAGAUGCUUGAGUGACCGUCUCUCUGUGAUGUUACCGAACGUCUGAUGGGUUUCAUGAGAGGUUUUGCCAUGUUGACAAAUAUGUCUUUGGCAUUUUUGGCUGCGAUCCAACCCACAUAAGUCUUGCGUAAUGGAAAGAUACAGUAGAAAUCGCGAAACCACUUUGAGCGUUUAACUUUGGGCUACAUAACAGGUACAAAACUUGGAAGAUCGCAUCGCAGAUAGAACUCGAGUAUUUAACAAGAAGAGCGGAAGAGCUUCGCAGAUUACAAAAACACUUACGUAAUUGCGUUGGGUAUUGGUAAAUGAUCACCAUGAAUCAUGAUGAGUAAAUAUUUUCGGAGAAAAAUUAGUGUCAACGCCGAAACGCCCCCUUUUGCUGAAAGAAUCUCGACAUACCGUAAGUUUGUGGUAAACAUGAAAAUGAUAAGGAAGCAAGCAAUAAAAAAGGAGAAUCCGACAGUAGGGAAAUACAACCAGCGGCUAUUUUGGGACGAACCAGCCGAUGUUACAAUAUAACUGUAAGUUAUUAUGAACUCACGUGUGAUUAAAUAAGGUUGAAUUUGUAAAAAUGAAGAUAACAAAAAUAUACAGACAUACAUACAGACAUGUGGGCAUAUGUAUGAAUAUAACGAAGUGCUUGUCUAUAACCAUCGAUAUAUGAAAUCGAAAAGGCUUUGAUGAUAAGUUCAGCGAACAGCCGUGCACACCUCCUUAUCGCUUCGAAAUGCAGAAAUAUGUUUGAAUGUACAUAUGUACAUAUAUACAGUAAUAUGUGUAUUAAUUGGCAUCGAAUGUGGCUGGCGGAACUCCUGUUGAAGAAUGUAAAUAAAAGACUUUACAUUCAAAUUGGUUCGAUGUCAGUUGAUGUGGGCAGCCGAUCGCGUCAAGACGUGCAACACUCGAGGAAUUGCCAUCCGAUUUCGCAAAAAAUACAGUUAUUAUUUUUUACUGUUGUUGUUGGUGUAAUCUUAGCAAAAUGUCACAGGAGUACAGUGUUAGUGAGGUGGCACAGAACAACGGUCGCGAUGGCAAGCCCGUGUGGAUUAUUUACAAAGAGAGCGUCUACGACGUGACGACGUUCAUAAACGAACAUCCGGGUGGUGCAGAGUCCAUACUCGAAUAUGCGGGUAAAGACGCCACGAAAGCCUUCAAUCAAGUUGGUCAUUCCUCCGAUGCCAUUAAGGAAAUGAAGUCGUACAAAAUAGGCGUGAUUAGAAAAGAGGGUAUGCAAAUACUCAGCACCCAGCCGACAUUCGCAGACAUUGGUCUAAAUGAGAAACAGAAACAACCGCAAGAAAAUUGUUGCGAAUCGGAAAAGAAACGAAUUAAAUUUUUCUUUUGUUUUUGAAUUAAGAAAGGCGAUCAAUUUGGGAGAGUUUACCUGACUGUGAUUAAACUGAAUUCACUCAUACUAAGUCAUAUUCAUAGCGAAACAUUUAUAUAUGUCGUUCGGAUCGCACGAAUUCAAGCAGAGCGCGGUGCAAAUGUGCGAAUUGAAGACACAAAGGAGUAAAUUUAAAAAUUUGUUAUUUAUUAGAUUCACUUACAUUGUAUAAUGUUGUUUGAAUUCGUACUUAUGUACAUAAUAUAAUUAAAAAUAGUUUACGUUACAAGUUAAAAAUUAAUUUAUUGUAUUUAGUUAAUAAGUGUAAAAUGCCAAUAAAUGCACAUUAUAAUACA